AUGUCUUCAACUACCUCUGACCACCAAGACUCUCAACAACAACAACGAACUUCAAGAUCUGAACCAGGCCGCUCAGUCGUAGGCUAUAAAGAUGCCUUCAAACAAUGGCUCUGGCAACCUUCCCAAGUAGACGCCGAAGAUGGAAUCCUUAACUUGGUCCAAGGAAUCCCCGCAGACCGUACAGUCGCACAUAAUCAUACUGAAAUCACCGUCCCAGCUGCCAUCACUGGCGGAUCCUCCUCUGAUCCCCCUAAAACUUACUUCAUCAAUGAAUACGCAAUCACCACCCCUCCAGAAAAGGAAAAAAAUGUCCUAGUUAUGAUGCACGGAUACGGUGCAGGUCUAUCCUUCUUCUUUAAAAACUUUGGCCCACUUGCCGCAGGUCUCGGGUCAUCCUGGAGCAUUUAUGCACUUGACUGGCUGGGCUACGGCGGAUCCUCAAGACCAAAAUUCCGAGUGCGUACCUCCGAUCUAUCCGCAACUGAAAAUGUAACCCUACCUUCCCCCAUUAAUCCACAAAAAUCCCAAGUCCUUCAUGAAAAUGUCGUCACCCGUGAAACUGAAGACUGGUUCGUCGAGUCCCUAGAAGCAUGGCGUGCCGCAAAGGGUAUCGAACGAUUCACCCUCAUGGGUCAUUCCAUGGGCGGAUACUUUGCCGCUGCUUAUGCGUUCCGAUACCCUCAACGAGUUGAACGUCUCGUCAUGGUGUCCCCAGCUGGUGUCGAGCGUGGCUACGAUCCAAGUCUCGAUAAUGAAACUUCAUUUAGAAAAGCCUUUCUUUCUAAAUCUAAAGAAGCUGACAAAACAGACGAGCCAACUCUUCAAGAUGAAGUCGACAAGCCUCAAUCUGAUAUUCAACACGCAGAUCAUGACACUCAUCACCAUACCCUUAACAAUAAGAACCAACCUGAAAUGGAGGUUACCGAGUUUGGCGAACGACCAAAAGGUUGGCGCAGUGCUGAAAACCGUAGACUACGGUUCGGACCCCGUAUUUCUUACCUUUGGAAUAACCACUACUCUCCCUUCUUCUUCAUCCGCGCAUCCACCUUCCUCGGCCCACGGCUGGUGUCCUACUGGUCAUACAAUAGAUUUAACGGACUCACUAUCGCCGAGCGUGACGCCAUGCACACUUAUGCUUACAAAAUCAUGAGUGGAUCUGGGUCUGGAGAAUAUGCCAUUACUCGUAUUUUGGCCCCAGGCGCACUUCCACGAAUGCCUCUUCUUGACCGUCUUGAUAGUACGUUUGGAUUGCUCAAGUGCCCGUCAUUGUGGAUGUACGGCCAGCAGGACUGGAUGGACGUCGAUGCUGGAUUUGAAGCGGUAAAGGCCUUAAAUGCGCUGGACGCUAAAGUUCAAACUGCAGCUGCUGCUGCUUCUCGCAAUGGACAGCAAACUACACCUCCAAUUAAUAGAAAAGCAGACUAUGUGGAAAUCCCACAAGCUGGCCACCAUCUUUAUCUCGAUAACCCCAAUGCCUUCAACACAGUACUGUUGAGAUAUUUACUUAGGAAAUAG